AAGGUUUCUUGCUGGAUGUCGACGUUGGUCGCGAUUGAUGAAUGACGAUGAGGUGCGCGUUGUGCGGUAUGGCGAACGCGUUCGCAAUUGCGGGUGGGACCGUGUUCGAACCGGGCGUCGGUACCAUCGCGGAGUUUCUUAAGCAUUACGGCAUCGUUCCAAACAUUGUUGACUGUGGGCCGGAAAAUUGGCUGUGUACCGGGUGUGCCAAAUGCAUCGGCAGUUGCCAGAAGGCGUACCGGCAGUUUUUCCAGGCUGUUGAUUCCUUGAAGAACCGCAACGUUCAUCGUGACGUCGUCGUCAAUGAGAGCAAGCACGUCGCGUUUCUCGUGUCGCUGAAAAUUCUUCUCGGCUCCCUCCAUCACCAUGUCCCAGUUAAUAUGAACAUACUUGUCCCGAUCACUUCGAGAGUGCUCAUGUUCAAACCCGACAACGUGGUUGAGUUCGUGCAAAAUGGAUCCGUGGCCCAUGCAGAGCUUGUUCAGCACAAUUUCUUGCAUUCCUCCCAACAUGCCGAUAUUUGA